GCGGACGAUACUUGAUUCACUUUCAUUGACUUUAGUGACGUCGAUUCGUGGGAGGUGAACUUUCGUUUCAAGUCCAUGAUUUGAGACAUUUAUUAAAAGUUGUUGCGCGUCACGAUAGUGCGAAACAAUGGCUGACAACGAACAGAAAGCGAUGCAGCUGCUGGCCGAGGCCGAGAAGAAACUCAGCACCAAAGGCUUUUUUGGUUCGCUGUUCAGAGGAUCCUCAAAAGUGGAGGAGGCUGUAGAAUGUUAUCAACGCGCUGCAAACAUGUUCAAGAUGGCAAAGAAGUGGAGUUCUGCUGGAAGCGCUUUCUUAGAAGCCGCUGAGUUACAUCUGAAAGCUGGCAGUCGCCACGAUGCAGCCAGUAAUUACGUGGAUGCUGCUAAUUGUUUUAAGAAAUCUAAUACAAAUGAGGCAAUUAGUUGCUUGUUAAAGGCGAUCGAGAUUUACACCGACAUGGGUCGGUUUACAAUGGCGGCUAAGCAUCAUCAAAGUAUAGCCGAAAUGUAUGAAAGCGAUGCGGUAGAUCUCGAGCAAGCUGUUAAUCAUUACGAGCAAGCUGCUGACUACUUUCGUGGAGAGGAAAGCAAUUCUUCCGCCAAUAAGUGUCUUUUGAAGGUCGCGCAAUACGCCGCGCAACUUGAAAAGUAUGAUAAGGCUAUACAAAUUUAUGAACAGGUUGCUUCUGCAUCUUUAGAAAGCUCUCUAUUGAAAUAUAGCGCGAAAGAAUAUUUCUUUCGAGCGGCGCUAUGUCACCUAUGCGUUGAUGUAUUGAAUGCGCAACAUGCUAUUGAACGUUAUCAAGAACAGUAUCCUGCAUUCCAAGACUCUAGGGAGUACAAAUUGAUAAAGACACUAAUAGAACACCUCGAGGAACAACACCUCGAAGGUUUUACAGAAGCGGUUAAGGAAUAUGAUUCGAUCUCACGAUUGGAUCAGUGGUACACGACAGUAUUAUUACGUAUUAAAAAGCAAGUUAACGAUAAUCCAGAUCUACGCUGAUCGGUUGUUUCUUCUUCGUGCUAUUUCCUGUCGAUGAUAUUAUCAAUUCAACUCUAUAUGUAUUCUUUUUUAAAUCACGCCCUGCUUUCAGUGGAACUUGUAAAGUAGUUUCGUUUUUAUACCCAAAUAUAUUUUUCAUAACAUCUCCUAGCACUCUUGGCAACUAUUACAUGUUCAUCUGUUCAGUUAUCGUGUACGCAUAGACUGUUGUCAUCAAAGAGUAUAAAGAAUGAACUUGGAAUAUUCUGUGGAACUCGCUAGGUAAUUAAAAAUGCCGAUGUAUGGGGCAUACAAAUAAACAUAGAAGUAAAUAAUAUUGGAACUCUGUUGGUAUUCAUACUUAUCGAUACAUAAAUAGCUUGCCAACGAGCCACAGCUUGUGCAGUUUAAUUCCGACAUAUGCAAUCGCGAUGAAUUAUCCAGACAAAAGUUAUUAAUUUUCAUAUGUUUAGCGAUCUCUAUAGAUGUGGGACAGUUUCGAAUGUAUAAUGUUUAUAAAAGCUGUUAACGCUAUUUAUUGCUGGCUAGUAAUACGAAUUAAUCAUAAAAAGUAAUUAAGUUACAGAGUGAAAAUUUGUUACCCGUUCUUAUUUGGGAUUACGAGAUAUGUAAUUUGCUUUCUGGAAUUAUAACCAAAUGGUAGAUUGUCGGUUGCUACCUUUACACUGCCAGAGUAUCAGAAUAGUAAAUGUGGUGUACGCGUUACUCUUUCUUCUGACAUUAAUUACACUUUUCGUUAACAUCGAACUUUAUUCUUUCUCUUUCAAAAAUUUUGUAUAUAUAUAUAUAACUGUAAAUUUGAAGCACAUAUUUGGUAUCAAUUGGUUCUAUUAAUAUUUCUUUGUACGGUAAUGGAAUGUUUCUAACGAAGCAUCGAGCACUGUUUAUUCAUGGUUAAACAUAAUUGUAGGAACGGUUAGGAAAUAUAAUCGUGAUAUGCAUUUAAGGUUUAUAACCAGGGCUGGUUUAUCGUGAAAGUGAACGAUACGUAACACUCGAUUGCCUCCUUAUUCGGAGCGCUGCGAUGAGAAGUAAAGAAACAAAAAUCAGUAAAGAAAAAUACGAUUUAUAAUAUCUGGGCGCAGCUUUCCAUAUAGAAUUGAUAAAAUAGUGACUCGGAAAAUUAUUGACGAGUUCUCUGGUCUACAAAUAAACAAAGUAUAUUUAACAUCAUAACUCGAGCGAUGGCCCUGAUUGUAAUGUUGUUUAACUUAACUUUUUUCAUUGUUUUAUGUUAUAACUAAAGUACUGUUGUUUAUAUUUUCUAAUGUUGAACAUUGAUUUUAUCGAAAUGUAGAUGUAUAUUUGUACUUAGAAGUAGACGUGUAUAGCACAGAUUAGAGAUUAGCAAGGACUUUCAUCGGGUGUAAAAUAAUUUAUUUCACGUUAAUUUAAUGUUAUUUAACGAGUAUAUAUUUCAAUUUUGCAAUUGCAUUACAGCAUUUUAUAUAAUACGAGUUACAUCAUUUGGAUAUAUUUAUCAGACGUGUAUAAAUAAUAUUCCAUUGUUAGGUAGAAGUAGCGAUCACAACUUACAUGCACAGAGUGUAACGAAGCACUAACGUCAGUGUACGAAUUAGAAUUCUAUUACUAAGGCACAUGAUUUACUCUUUAUUUUUUGAAAAAAAAAGAAAAAAAAAAAGAACUUACAGUUGUAAAGAAAUUCGUUAAUAUUUUUCUUUCGUCAAAAGAGAACGACAAGAACUUGACGUACGUAAGAAGUAGCGACUACGACUGUGUAAUCUUCCAUGUAACAAAUUCUUUGUAUACAUUUAUAUACACACGUAUCUAUGUCUAGCAGUUUCAUCAGUUCUAAUUUCUCGACUAAAUGCAUACCUUUUUUUUGAUUACAGUAAUGUGCUUAGAUAAAACGUAAGGUAUCAUUUUCUCUAGAAAAUAAGAGAGGAUUGAAAUUUGUUUCCAAAGUGUAUAUCAACGAUGUGUGUAAUUUUACGCGUAUCAUACGAUUCAAGAAGAAAAAAAUAGGUAGCAUUGUUCGAAUUUGUAUUUGCGAAAUAUGUUUUUUCUUUUGUACGGUGGAAAAGUCAAUGAACGUACAAUACCGGAUACUCUGGAAACGUAAUACUAUACUUCGUUUUCGUCGUGCGUGUGAAGGUUUAUUUAUUUACCUGUAUAUACAUAUACAGAUAUUGUGUAUAUUGUGUAUAUCGUUUUUUAGUUUGGGAUUAAAAUGAAACUAUAUUGAAAAUGAUAGAGGCGUUUUGUGACUUGACUCGCGUUGUUACGUUAGAUAUCUUAAAAUGUUUGUUAUAAACAUUUUUGACGAACAUGUCGAGUUUGAAAUCAAGUUUACAACACCACUUAAUAGAUUCUCUAAUGGUAAUAUUGAUGUGCUUAACAAGCUAUACAACCCCGUUAUCGAUACUAAAGGUAGUACCAUACACAGCAAUGAAUAUCUAGACACUGGUAACCAUUUUAUAAAGCGUCCUACGUAUUAUUAUUCAAUAAAAUUAAUUUAACAUUCAAUGGAGUACUCUAGAAUGGUAGCGAUAUAGACAAUAUAAUAGAGUUCUACGUUCGUCGGCAAUUUAACGAAAUUAAUCGUUUCGAAGCAUGCAUAGUUUUCGUUUUUAUAAAAACUUAAAAUACGCAGCAACAAUGUAGAAGAGCAGUUAUUCGUUUCUCGUCUUGUAUUGCGCGUAGUCGAUCGCAUAUAACGAUGGAUUUACUUUGUAAAUAAAGAUACCUUAUUGGAUACGAA